UGCUUCCUCGCCAAGUCGGCGAAGUCUUAUGGCGGGCUGGUGGACGAACAUGGUUCACUAUUUAUAGGACGGAAACUUGAAUCGCAGAAGAAUGGUUGAAUUUUCAUUUCUUGAUGACCAUAAAUCGUCUGCGAAUUUCGAGCUCAUUUGCGAAGAUGGCUGAGGAGAUCAGUAAGGCAGAACUCAGAACUGCCACUUCUGCGGCAGAGAAGGCGCAAUCGAGAUCUCUUUGGCCCUCUGUUCUCCGUUGGAUUCCCACGUCCACCGAUCAUAUCAUCGCCGCCGAGAAGCGACUUCUCUCUCUUGUCAAAACUCCCUAUGUCCAAGAACGGGUUAACAUUGGUUCUGGCCCGCCAGGAACGAAAACUAGGUGGUUUUGUUCUUCGAGUGAUGAGCCUAGAUAUAUCAACACCGUGACAUUCGAAAGCAAAGCUGAGUCUCCGACUCUUGUAAUGAUUCAUGGUUAUGCUGCUUCUCAAGGGUUCUUCUUCCGGAAUUUUGAUGCUCUUGCCAGUCGCUUCCGGGUCAUUGCCGUCGAUCAACUUGGGUGGGGAGGGUCUAGCAGGCCCGAUUUUACAUGCAAAAGCACAGAAGAAACUGAAGCAUGGUUUAUAGAUUCUUUUGAGGAGUGGCGAAAAGCAAAAAGCAUCAGCAAUUUUGUUUUACUUGGACACUCAUUUGGUGGAUAUGUUGCGGCUAAAUAUGCUCUCAAGCAUCCUGAGCACGUCAAGCACCUAAUUCUAGUUGGACCUGCUGGAUUUUCUUCAGAGUCAGAGGCCAAGUCUGAGCGGCUUACACAGUUUAGAGCUACUUGGAAAGGAGCGGUUUUGAAUCAUUUGUGGGAGUCAAAUUUUACUCCACAGAAGCUUAUUAGAGGUUUGGGCCCUUGGGGUCCAGAUCUUGUUCGCAAAUAUACAAGUUCGAGGUUCGGGACAUACUCAAUUGGGGACAUAUUGAAUGAUGAAGAAUCCAGAUUGUUAUCAGAUUAUGUAUAUCACACAUUAGCAGCUAAGGCUAGUGGAGAAUUGUGCUUGAAAUACAUAUUUGCAUUUGGUGCGUUUGCUCGGAUGCCACUUCUACAGAGGGCAUCCGAAUGGAAAGUUCCUACAACAUUUAUAUACGGUUAUGAAGAUUGGAUGAACUAUCAAGGCGCUCAAGAAGCUCGCAGAAGUAUGAACACACCGUGCGAAAUACUACGCGUUCCUCAGGCUGGUCACUUUGUGUUCAUAGACAGCCCUAGCAGUUUUCACUCGUCAGUGUUCUACGCGUGCCGAAGAUUCCUCUCUCCCGAACCCGAGAAAGAAUCCUUGCCAGAAGGUAUAAUAUCUGCCUGAAGUCUUCACCAAACAUUUUGGAUACAAAUUCAAAAGGAGAAACCCAAACCAGUUCAUGGAACAAAUUGUUUUUUACAUCAAUUUUUUUAUGUAUUAUAUUUAUGAAAGUUGUGUAGCUUUUGUGCUUUUUAUAGUUUAAUAUAGCACUUUGCAGUACAA